AUCUUCGUCCUCCACAGGCAAUCUUUCAUCAUAAAAACCCCAAACCCCCACCAAACCUUCAUCGUACGGCCACCCAACCCAACGAUAACCAGAAUCCUACGCAUACCAAACUCUCCCGAUUUUAACAGCCCAAUACGUGAUGUCCGGUGGUAAAGGGAAAUCUCAUGGUGGCAAGGCCAGGCCUAAAGGUGCAAGUGACGGAGCUAGGCAGCAAGUUUCGCAUUCCGCAAAAGCGGGUUUACAGUUUCCUUGCGGCCGUGUCAAGCGUUUUCUCAAAAACAACACACAGAACAAAAUGCGCGUCGGAGCAAAAGCUGCUGUCUACGUGACUGCCGAUCUUAAGGUAAAGCGAAUCACGCCCCGUCAUCUGCAACUUGCGAUCCGUGGAGAUGAAGAGCUGGACACUCUCAUUCGCGCCACUAUCGCCUUCGGGGGUGUUCUUCCUCAUAUCAAUCGCGCUCUCCUUCUCAAAGUCGAAAAGAAGAAGGCUUCCGCGCCUAAGAACCUAUAGAAUCGCAACUCGCCCAGCAAAACAUGGAAUAAACAGAACUUCUGAUUUACCUUAGUGCCUACGACUUUUCCCUCGCGUUUAUCACUUCCUUUAUAGUCGUACCUUGCGGGAUCUGCCGUACCCGCAGUAAUGGUUCGUAUGGAUGCACAAUGAUGAUGAUAUCCUCCUGGAUAGAGAAAACACACAAUCAUGAUCCGGGAAUGGGGGAAAUGGUGUUGGGAAGCUUUUUUUUUAUUCCUUUUUUUAUUUUUUAUUUUUCGUCGUUUUUAUUUCUUGUGACAGGGGUUGGAAGGCUUGGGAGGUUGACCUUUUAAAGCGGUAGACGCUUCCAUUUGUACUCGUAGGAUGGGCCUAUAAUUGCCUGGAUGAGCAAGGUUGUAAUACUAGCUGUGUUUUUCCCUUUAAUGUAUUCCACUCUCUGGCC